AUGGAUCAAGUAUCCAAGACAUGCUCUGAGAAUCCCACUCCGCUUCAAUUGAAUACAAGUCUAGAAAACGGCGAUGCUGUGAUGCAACAGAUUUUUGUCAAAUCGGCCACCCAGAAAUCAAUCAAGGAUAUUACUUUCAUACAUGAAAAUUUCAAGUCUCUUCUACUCACAACACCUGCUCCUUCACUAGUCUUCCGAUACGGUCCAAGUGGUGCGGCAGUGACAUUUCAUUCCUUGAAUUACGCACAGAUCGACUCUAAAGGCAAGAUAAUGAUCUCUCAUCUAUGGAAAUGCACCUCUGGCUCUCUUCAGGUAGACGAUUCCUUUAUUUUCGAAAAGCCCGAAGAGCUCAGAUUUAUUGAGGUCAACGAAGGAGCCCCAAUGAAUCGUCGGCGCAUAUCAUUAUUGGGAAGUGAUAAGGAAGAACUGUCUGUUGAGAGAAUCAAGUGUGACAUUACUGUAGCCCUUAACUGUCUUGUCAUGUUCACAACUCAUGAUGGAUUUUCCAAGAAUUUAAUCGAUGGCAGGGGUCUCACAAAAUUCGAGGCAACUAUGUCCGUUCCACUGCGAUCUGAUGAAGAUUACAUGGCUGCCGAAGUCAUUCAGGCAAAAGACUUGGAUAUUGAGCAAGAUACUGUUGUUUUUGACUCAGCUUCACAAUCAACAGUACGCGAAAUUGCAGAGCAGAAAAGAAGUCUUAAGGGAAAAGAUCUUGUAUUGCCAGACCUUCAGGGCUCGGAGAAGAUAGCUAUGGUGCACCUUGAAGCUAUGUUGUGGGAUGCAUUUAGAGGACUCGAAGAAAAACUGAUUAGCUUGGCUAAAACUACAUUUUACGCUGCUCAUCCUUCACCACUGACCGGUAAGAAGGACUCCUUGACCCAAAUUACUUCUCUAGAGACUGCCAAUGAAGGCAUUGAGAAUUUCGAAGUUUCAAAGGCUAAGUUAGCAGACUGCGACAAAGCUCUCGAAAGCUACGGGUUAGAUAUUAGCACUCGAGAAAUUGCUCUUGAUCGCUUUCAACCGACCACGGAGAAGCGAGAAUAA